AACUCAAUUUCAUUUUCGAUCCUCCACGAUGGCACCCUUCCUUGAAACAGUCAAGUCGUUUAAAGAUGUGCCCAUCACCGACGAUGGCGUCAACACUGUCGAAUUCCUCGAAGCUGGUGACGGUGUCGUUCGCAUGCUCAGUGCCAUACAGAGGAACUUACCUAGCCUUAUGAGCGCCGUUGGUUCCGGGGCGUUCUCGCCCAAAGUUCGUGAACGGCACAAUGCGACUCCCUCACAGUCCGGAACGUUGGAGAAAAGCAACAAAGUGGGAAGCGCAACAGAGGGCCUCAUGUGGCUGCUUCGGUCCCUGGCGUUCACAGGCAAAUCCCUUCAGCAAGCACAGAGCAACCCAUCAGAGGAUCUCAAAGUCGCCUUCACGAAGGGAUAUAAUGUCACCCUCGGGCCUAUUCACCGUGGUUCUGGAAUAUUCAGCAUACAGGGAGCUAUCAUGAGAGCGGCAGGCUUGAUGUUCAACACUGCGAUUGGAUAUUGCCCGCCUCGCAAGAGCUUCUACGAGAAGCUUGCCGCUAACCCGAAUGGAGAGCCGUGCCCGCAGGAGGUGCUUGACAAGCAGCUCAAUGAUUGGAUCACUGGCCUGGAUACCAUUAUCACGAGGAUGGACAAGUUCUACACAAAGGGGAAGCAUGGAGAGAUAUUCAAGUCUGCAUGAAGUUAUAGAUCAGCAUAUCGGCAAUAAGCCGCGCAUUGUGCAUUGUACGGAUAAAUCAUCAGUGGUGUGCGUCAUUGGAUUCUUUUUGUGAAGACACGGACUUGAAGCUUGGAGUACUAUUAAUCUUCGGCAUCACUGUCAGGAAAUGUGUGCUUCGUUUACUUAGCGUUUUGCCGUUUCCCGAAACAAGCAAGCCGUGUAAAUCAGA